AUGGUGAGUGAUAGUCAAUCUGCCGACGAGUCAUACCCCUCUUUUGCAAAAAGCAGUGACAUCGGUAACGAAUCUGAGGGAUAUCCGACGACUGGGUCGGUAAGUGACACAUCAGCCAGUGCAGCAUUGAAUCCCACGGCACCAUCGUCAGAAGAUGAAGAAACUAGCCUUUCUCAUACCGAACGGCCCGGGCAAGUGGACGCAUCAAACACUUCCGGGGCCACCCAAUCGACAGGUGCGCCUGAAAAGACACCUACGGCAAGUCAAGACACAGAAGCCAAACCGCCAACAGCUUCGGAGGACGCGGUAUCAUCAUAUGCCAGUGUAUUUGAAGAGCUUGCAGGGGCAUCAAGCCUCCCAGAUGUCUCGUCCACUGGCGCAGGAUCUGCAACUACAGGUCCGGUGACAGAGAACGAACGAAGCCUGGAGUCUACACUCGCAGCCUCAUCUGUUCCGUCGUCCAUUACCGGUACGACCGAACUAGAAACUGCGCCAUCGUCAACAUUGCCACAGACAGGCGCAUCCCAUGAUAACGAAACAGAGGAACCGAGCGGUGCCUCGUCCAAUGAAGAACGCACCACUUUGCCCGAAGAUCAUUCAACCCAGGUACACUCAGCAGGAACUGAAGAAGUCCCGACUACAUCCUUAACAGCAAUUGCAGCAACAACGACGACUGCAUCACAGGCACAGAAACCCACUGGAUCGACUACAGAUUCGAGAAGCACUGAUACCAGCAAAGAUACCUCAGCAGAAACGCAAUUUGCAAACACGGAUACAGCGUCCGACCGGGCCGUUUCGUCCACACAUACGAUCUCAACGACGACCAGUGCCGUCGCUCCAUCCAGCGAUGAUUCAACGAAGCAAGUUAGUACGGGAGCCAAGAGCUCUCGGGAAGAGAUAAAAACCACAUUCACAACUUCCACUUCCACUGUGGAUGAAGAAGCCACUAGUACGGUAAGCCCGUCCGUUGGGGAUUCGAUGCUCUCGACAGAGUGCUUCGACGGUGGAAAGCCGUUUGGCCUUGGAUAUUUGUUUGGCUUCGGACGCUCAAUCGCUUUUGGAAAUUUGUUUCCCCCGACCCACGGUAUGAUGACAUGA